ACAGGCUUUGCAAGGUCUCAACGUGAUAUACUGGAAGUGUCUGUGCAGGUUAAACUUGGUUUUCAUUCUUUGGAUCUCCAUGAUAUUCGUGUGCUCAGCUUACCCUGUUGUCCCCUCCAUGAGCAGCAAUCCUUUUUAUUUGAAUUGCCAGCUGUAUGGAAAAUCUGAUUACUGCCUUUUUUACUGCUUAGCCAAGGUGGGCAGGAGUGAAGAACUGGCUUUUUUAAAGCCUUACCUGGAGUUGCCUUUCAUCAAAAGGUCCUUUCGCAACGGUGUUGGAUCAGGAAUUAAAAAAACUUCAUUUCGAAGAGCAAAGUCAUAA